UAGUUUAAAUUCUGAUUUAGAUCCAGUCUGUUUUAAUGGUAGUAUGUGAGAGCAAUAUAAUCAUAUAAUUAUCUAACUGAGUUUGAUACUCAAUUUUGAUAAAGUGUAAUUUAUAGAUUGUUAAAUUUUUAUGUAAACAGAGUUUACACAUUCUAUGGAUGUGUUACUUGGUGAAACCUUAUGAAUACUCAAUAUAUUCACAGAAAUAAAAUGUCUCUUUUUGGAAUUUUAAGAAGAUUGACCGUUUCUGUUAAACCACAUUUAAUGAAUAUGAAAAAUGGAAUUCAUUCUCAUUUUUCGACUCUACAACAACCACGAUAUUCUAUCAUAGAGAAAUCUAUAAAUUUAUUUUCGCCUCCUCGCUUGCCUCCUAUAAGUCCAGUUAAUAAACUAUUUGAUCAACAGAUCCGCACGAAGUUAACAUUGCAAGACAUACACGAUAGAGGACCGAAAAUUAAGAAAAUUAGGAAAAAAAGGCCUCUGGAUGGCCGACCUCAGAUGAAAGGAGUGGUGGUGAGAUUGGUCAUUAAAAAACCUAAGAAACCGAAUUCUGCAAACAGGAAGUGCGUUCUGGUCCGUCUGUCUAAUAAAAAAGAAAUGCUAGCUUAUAUACCCGGAGAAGGACACAAUUUACAAGAGCACAGUGUAGUAUUAGUACGCUGCGGUCGUCUACAAGAUGUUCCGGGAGUAAAACUUAAAGUUGUGAGAGGAAAAUAUGAUUGUUCGCACGUUGUUAAAGUCACAAAAAAUUAAUUGCUCGUACGACAUAUAAAGUUUAAUAUAACGUUAUGGGAACCAAUCGAACGUUUGUAGCGUAAAGAACAUUACGUUUUAUAAACGACAAUAUGGCUUUUAUAGAUCGUGACGCCGAUCACGUGAAUUCACUCUCGGCUACAAGACAUUUACAUUAUUAUUCGGAUUCUGUUUACGUUGUGAGCGGUUCUAUCGCUUACGUCAGUUCCGUUAAAAGCCUUCACUGACAAAUAAAGUGAUUUUUUCCCCUCCUGUCGAUCGAUUACUGGCUUUGUCGUUACAUCAGAGUCUGAUUGAAAUUUUUGUUUGGUAUCUGAUUUAAUCUUUCCUUUUUCAAAUAUUUAGAAUGUUUCCGAAAGGAAUUUAUUUUCAGCUGGAAAACAACUUAAAUAAAUUGAAUUUUUGAAACUAAAAUAGAACGUAUGUAUAUUGCAUUUAGAAUUACGAAACAUGAUACAUUAACUUGUGUUGCUAUUAAGGCGACACUUCUUUUAUGAUUUAUUUUGUUUAUGAAAAAUCGAUGAAUAAUGUUGGGUAAAUAUCGAAUCGUUGUAACAUCGUAUUUGAAAAUCGUAAAUCUCUUUUAUUCCUAGUAGCGAAAUGAAGAAUGGGUUGUUAUAUACGAAAAGGACAGCCAAUUCUCUAAGCGAAUUUCACCGUGUUUAUAAGAAAAAAAAAAUUUGAAUUUUACUCGAAUAUAUCAAUACGAAAGGCUUUACGAUUUUAUAUUUUAUUAAACAUUUAAAAUUAUCCGAAGUUAUAUUCUUUUUAAAAUACACGAUUAACCAUGGUUUAUAAGACAAUUUGAAUUUUAUCAUAUCAUAAAAAUUGUAUUUUACUUUUUAAAUUAAUUCCUGGAAUUAUAAAUCAAAUAUUUUUAAAUUAUAUAGGCUACUAGUCGCAAGUAACUCUAGAUCUAUUUUUAGUACUGAGAUUUGGUUACAAUCAAUAAACCCACUGGGGAACUAAUAAUUUCUAAUAGAUUCGUUGUAAUUUCAAUUAUAGUACUAUAUUUAAUUUAUUUUGUUAAGACUUAUUUUCCUAAUAUAAAAUAUGAGAAUAUGUCUAUAAUUUGUGUGAAUGAAAUAAUUAUUCCUUCAAUUAUUGCGCAUUUUAGAGGAAAAAAGACUCAAAGCUUGAAGACACUUUGGCCUCACUCAGGACUAGAAGUAAAAUGAUCGAUAUGAUUCCCGAUAUUCCCUGUCGACAAAUGUGUCGUAAUGAACUUAACAAUAUUGUUGUAAUUUGAGCAAUUUCGAUCCAAUUAAUCUACAGUACGACUUAGCCGUGUGUUUAUAAACUAAUCAUAUUAAACCAAUGAAUGCAAUUUAUAUUAUAAUUAACCAAAAAACUAUUUAUUUGAGUAAAAGUGCUUUUAAUUAGAAAUUUCUAUAAUUUUUUUAACUAAUUUCAUUUUUACUUAUACAAUUUAUAAUAAAAAUAGUACAGUACAUGCUAUUAU